CCGGCCGUGCGGGCUGCUGCCCGGGCUUCCUGGCCUCCCGCUCUGCCCACCGAUGGGCGUGCUGCCGCCGAGCAGCGAGCUCAGCCUAGCCCCUGUGUCGUGUGUAACCUGGGCUGAGGACAGGCAGUGUGAUGACGGGAGGGAGCUCACAGGUGGAGUGCGGUCCUCAGCGCGCCUUCGGGCCCGAAGCUACUCUUCAGCCAGCUUGGCCUCUGCCAGGGACGUCACCAGCUCCACAUCUGCCAAAACAACAUGUCUGGCUUCCUCAUCACACAAAGCUACGGACAGACGAACUUCCAAAAAGUUCAAGUAUGACAAAGGUCACCUUGUGAAGGCAGAAUUACAAAAACUUGACCCUAAGAGUGACAUUUCUUCUUUGCCAAAAGUGGCCCCCGUGGCUCCUUGUGAAAAUAAGUUUUCGGAGGACAGUGCUGAGGCUGCUGUCUCUGCACUGGAGAGCAGGGAGCCUCCUCAGAGCUGCUCCAAGCCUGUGAGUGAGGAACCCUCAGCAAAGGCUGAGAAUGGCCUGUCCACAGAACCCAGCAGUGCCACUGCAGCCCAGGAGCCCGAUGACAGCUCCGCCCAACAGGCAGAGCCUGUGCCCAGGACAGAGGAAGUGCAGGCAUCAGUGCUUCAGAUGGACAGCAGCAUCUUUCUAGAUGAUGACAGCAACCAGCCCAUGCCUGUGAGUCGCUUCUUUGGGAAUGUCGAGCUUAUGCAGGAUCUGCCACCAGCCUCUUCAUCUUGUCCUUCCAUGAGCAGAAGAGAAUUCAGAAAAAUGCACUUCAGAGCCAAAGAUGACGAGGAUGAUGCUGAGGGGUAGAGCGGAGGGCACAGUACAGCCAGUGUCAAGAUUCUGUAUGGCAUCUUCAAGAGAACAUGCUCUAACUGAGCACAAGGUGGACAUCAGUGUCACUGGCUGGCACAGACGCUGCUGCCACCAUUGCUCCAUGUAGGUCUUCUCCUUUCAUAGAUGCACAUGCUGGCACGGGCUGGGCAGUAGGAAAUAAGGAAAAUUCCUGAGAGCUUUGGCUCUGGUAACAGGUGUACUUUCCAUGCCAGACUGAUCACUGGGGAUGAAUUCUGCUGCAAGGACUCCUGUUUCUGAGUGACGCUAACCAUUUGACCUGGUAGUUUUUGCAAAGUAUAUAUG